UUCCGAAUCUCCCCCUUCCUCCCCCAAAAAUAUCUAUCCAUUCCUUUCAUUUUUCUUCACUCACUCCCACACCAAAAUCCCCCAUAAUUUCUUCACAAUUUCCUCAAAAUUACUCAAAAUUUCUUCCCAUCUAAUCAAAUCCAACAAAACCCCUAUCAUUUCAUCCAAUUUCCCCCAAAUUUGCAAUCUCGAUUUGGUCGAUUUUGGGUUUCAAUUUAGGAACAUUGUUCAUUUCACAAACCCUAGAUUUCUGAUGGGAGAAGAAGUACAGAUGAAAGAUCAAGGUAGAGAGGAUGAUCAAGAACGAGUAUCAGAAUGGGAAUUCGGAUUACCGAAUUGCGAUGAUCUAACGCCGUUAUCUCACCCAUUGAUUUCACCGGAACUCGCAUCAGCUUUCAGUAUAAGUCCAGAACCGUACCGGACGAUGGUCGAUGUCAACCGCGCAUCCAAGAGUACCUUGUCGAAUCUCCGUAUUCAAAAUCAAUCGAGGAAUUUCCCAUCGUUUGAUCAGCAAACUGAAAUCCUUGAAGAAGAGGAUGAAGAUGAGGAGGAGGAUGAGGAGCCGUCGCGGAAAACACGGCGCACGGAGGCAGUGGUGGAGGUCACAAACGGGACUAAUGAUGAUGAUGGUGGUGGCGGCGGCGGCGGUGAGGAUGAUUCUGAUCGGAAUUCGAAGAGGGUGAGGUUAGUAUGGACCCCACAGCUGCAUAAGAGAUUUGUUGAUGUUGUUGGGCAUUUAGGGAUUAAGAAUGCGGUGCCGAAAACUAUUAUGCAAUUGAUGAAUGUGGAGGGAUUGACAAGAGAGAAUGUUGCUAGUCAUUUGCAAAAGUAUAGAUUGUAUUUGAAAAGAAUGCAGGGGUUGUCCAAUGAAGGGCCGUCGAAUUCGGAUCCGUUGUUUGCGACGACACCGGUUCCGCAGAGUUUAAACGAGUCAGGUGGACAAGGUCAUAAUGUUCCGAAUGUUCAGAGGAAUCAGAUGCCAGCGCCGUAUGGUGGAGGAGGGCAGAUGAUGUCAAUGCCGGUUUGGAAUGGUCAUGGACAUAUGGGUAUGCCUGUUGGUGGUGGUUAUCAUGGAAUGGAGCAGUAUCAUAAUCAUAUGUAUAGAGAGCAACAAAGAGAUUGGCACAAUGGUGGUGGUGGUGGUAAUAGGUUCCAUUCAAUUUCGUCCUAUCCUAAUGUUAAUCAACAUGAUAAAUAAAAUUGAAUCCGUUUUUGGCAAUUUGAUAUGAGAGUUGUGGAUAACUUCCUCUAACAGGUCAUACUAAAAUGUGACGGCAAUGUGUUGUGAAAGCUGAAAUAUUUCCCUAAGGAUCUGUGCAAAUGAAUAAAAUUGUAGUUGCAUAUGUCACAAGGCUUGUCUCACUAUGUUUGGAUGAAUGGGAUUCCAGAAGUCAUCAACUUACAGAGCACUAAGAGAAUGCAAGUUCACAAUUCAUUUUCUGUCAGUUCAAGGCGAUGUCAGUGGGUUCCAGAACUCAACAACAUACAGAACAUUGAAAGGCGAAUGACCAUUCGUAUUCCAAUUUCUGGUUGUAGAUUUUUAGAUGCCAUUGGUAGUAAGUGUGCAAAAGGACCUGCAGCAGCCUUGGGUUGAUCUGAGGUAAGAUAGCUAUUGGUGAAAUGAUCUCUCUAUUUGUCUACAGACUCCUACUGUAUGGCAAAGUCUGAAAUGAGUAAUGAAUGUUUAAUGUGGCAAAUCCGAAAUCAUUUCAUACACUAUGUUUUUGUUUUUGCUUAGGCUGUUGUUGUUGUUGGUUGUUACAGUGCAUUGGAUAAUGUCAUUCAUGUUUUGUGAAAUAAGCUGAAAUGUUUCCGUAUCGAUAUGUGCAAAUGAAUAAAAUUGUAGUUGCAUGUA